AUGGCUGCAGAACUUCUCAAGAAUAGCAAGUUGACCUAUACCCGCCCUGUUUGUGGCGCAUUCAUGGAUUUCCUAGGAAUGCCGUACGCCCGAUCAAAUAUCCCCCCAAUGAACAUUGUCAUUGAUGUUCACAAUCGAGAAGCCUGCAUUCCGGGGGAUGGAAAUACCCCUAUAACCAUGAUUUACAGCUAUGAUGCUGCAACCUUAGUUGCCAAGCUGUUAGAUGUCGACGAAUGGUCUGAAUUCAGCUUUUGCAACGGGGAUGAUACCACUUUGAGUGAGGUCUUGAGAAUAGCAGAGGAAACCCGCGGCGAAAAGUUUAAAGUCACCUAUUUGAAGGCCGAGGACAUCGACAAAGGCAACAUUCCUAUAUUGAAGAUUUCAGAAGGGAGUGGCAUUCAGCCAAAUGAACAGCUAGACUACACUAUCAAAGACAGUAUGCAGGAACCUAAAACUACGGGCAAGUACCUCGAAGGCAUUCAAAGAGCCAUGCGGAAAUAUGAUGCAGAGCUCAGAGAAAUCAAUCAGUUUAUCUGGACAAAUUACGAGCUUGCUUUUGAGAAGUGCAAAGCGCACAACAGAAUCUGUGCUACGUCUGAAAGCCUUGAGGCUGAAGGAUAUCAGAUUCGCCGAGGCCUCAUUGCCAAUAUACUGAUGUUAUCCGAGGAAAUGUCAACCGUGAAGGAAAAUGAGUCAAUGGUCCCGAAACCAGCACAAUCCACCAUGAAGCCCGGAGCUUAUCUCGCAAACCCCGCGCCUUUGGCGAUGGGUGGUUUUGCUACCACUUUUUUAUCCCUGUCUUUGGCCAUGAUGAACUUCCGUGGGGUAUUCACGCAAACAAUCUUCAUGGGUGAUCUUUGCUUCGUUGCUGGAAUUGGUCUACUUAUUUCCGCACAGUGGGAGAUGGUCCGAGGGAAUACAUUCUCUUACACGGUUCUUUCUGCAUAUGGCAUCGCUGAUGCGUAUGGCGGUUACACCGCGGAAUAUCACAAUGCGCUCGGAUUCUUUGUUUUAAUCUGGGCAGUUUUCAAUCUCUUUUUCCUGCUGGCCAGCUGCGCUCUGAACAUUGUUUACAUUAUUUUGUUCCUCGGACUUGAGCUGUGUCUCAUUCUCGAUGCUGCAUCCAGCUUUGCGUUGGGCGACGGGUUGGUUGAAACCAGUGCGAAUCUUAUCACCGCUGCUGGUGCAUUCGGGUUCAUUGCCAGCUUAGCUGGAUACUAUUGCGUCCUACAAUCCCUCUGUGAAGACUCUCUGCCAUUUUCUGUUCCGAUGGGUGACACUUCCAGAGCUUGGAAGCGUUGGUGUAGAAAGACACCCCCCAAAAGCGUGAAGAGCGAAGGAGACAUGGCGUGA